AUGAAUCGGCUAAAUCCUUUGCUAUUGACCAUUAUUCUGCUUUUGGAACUGCUUGUAAGUAAACCGAUGUUGACAAAUGCGAGUCGUCAGCAAGACACCGUUCCAAGAGAAAAGACUAAAUUGGGGCUGAGAUUCAUGUUCUUGAAGUGUCCAAGUGGCCACUGCUGCCCUUUCUCUCUCUACUGCUGUUACGCAAACGCCUGUUGCAGUGGACCUGACGAAGUUAAAAUGAUGCAGACGCCAUGCUAGAUCUGAUUAAUCAUCAAAUGUGAUUUAAAUUAAAAGUUGUUAUCUGAUGCAUAUAAUUCAAACACAAGAAACAGAUGGCAACAAAAGAAACAAGAAACAUGUUUAAUAAUUUCUGUAUUAUUAGAGAAACAAAUAGGACGGACACUUGAAAUCGCCUUUCCCUAACCUAUUGAAAGUUCAAAAAAAAGAAGCAAAAGAAAAUGAAAGAAGGCUUAAAAUUCGUCAAAGGAAAUGUUGGAUGUAAACAAAUUAUUUCAAUAUUUCGAGGAACCAUUAAAUUCAGUAUCUCUAGCAACACAAACAGAAAAAAAUGUCUAAAACCGACACAAGUGCUUAUCCAAUCUCUCUUAUCCAAACUUUUGAAAAACGAAAAGCAGAUGGAAUCGAAUACUAACAACAAACAAAAAAACACAAGCUCUUAGAAACAACUGAUUUAGACAUACGUGUUUUCCAUAAUUUAUAAAAUGUAUAAACGUACCUUAUGUUGAAUUGAUGUGAUUACAAACAACUCGAUAAUCAAUGUAAUUUUAAUUAAAUUAUUUAUUUUGAGGAAUUUUAAUUUUUUUUUUAUAAAUAAUUUACAAUUAAAUCUGUGACAUCCAUCGCAUUUUGGUACAAUAUUUACUUUUCUCUUUUGGAAAGACCUUGAUUGGACGAUGCCUAAUUUUGAAACAAAAAUGUAUACAGGCUUCAUACAUAAACUCAUGUCGUGAGUGGAGAAUUUGGCAAGUGCCAU